AUGCAUGUGGUUAUUUUGACAGCUCUUUCGGCUGUUUUUUGUCAAAUCGUCUCUAAGCAAGCAGUUGGAUCUGGAAUUCCUGAAGUGAAAGUGAUCAUGCAUGGCUUCAAAAUGGACAAUUAUCUCACGUUCCGCACAUUGAUAGCUAAAAUGGUCGGCUUGACGUUAGCCAUGGGCGGAGGGCUGCCAAUAGGAAAGGAGGGCCCAUUCGUGCACAUGGGAGCAAUUGUGGCGACGUUGCUGUCGAAGAUCACUGCUUCGUGCCAGUACUCGGCGUUCUUCUCGAAUGAGGGUCGUGAAAUAGAGAUGCUGAGCAGCGGCUGUGCAGUUGGAAUCGCCUGCACAUUCUCAGCUCCAAUCGGAGGUGAGGGAAGCUCCUCACAAGUGGCGUAUUUAGGGAGUACGUGA